AUGCCACCAACACCUCAAAGGCGUACCAAGGCUGUCAAGAAGGGCAUCCAAUUCGUCGUAGGUGCCUCAGGUUCUGGUCGCACAACCUUCGUCAACACCCUUGUUGAGCAAAAGGCGUGGUUACAACAUCCCGACCCCAGCGAUCCCUCCGCUGCACAUCAACCACGCCCAUUCAUCCAAGUUCAGAAACACUCUGUCGAAUUAGAGCAAGGUAGUAUUCCCGUGCGAUUGACAGUCUGUGAUACCCCUGGAUUUGGCGACAACAUGGACAACGAAGCGUCCUUUGCGGUGAUUUCAGACUAUCUCGAAAAACAAUACGACGAUCUCUUGGCCGAAGAAUCACGCAUCAAGCGAAACGCCAGGCUCGAGGAUAGUCGAGUGCACGCUUUGCUCUACUUCAUCACCCCCACCGGCCAUAGCUUGAGGGAACUGGAUAUCGAGUUGAUGAGGCGACUCUCUCCUCGGGUCAACGUCAUCCCAAUCAUCGGCAAGGCGGACAGCUUCACCUGUAGCGAAUUGAAGGGCUUCAAAGAGCGGGUCAUGCAGGACAUCGAGCAUUACCAAAUCCCAAUCUAUAAUUUCCCGUUCGACCCGGAAGAAGAUGAUGAUGAAGUAAUCACUCAAAACUCGGAAUUGAGGGCCCUGUUACCUUUUGCCAUUGUGGGAUCAGAGGAUGAAGUCGAAGUCGGAGGGAGAAUGAUCCGAGCGCGAAAGUACCCGUGGGGGAUCGUUGAAAUCGACAACCCGGCCCAUACCGACUUUGCGAAGCUCAGGGACGCCCUCUUAGCGACACAUCUGACGGACCUCAAGGAAAUUACCCAUGAUUUCCUGUAUGAGAAUUACCGAGAACAAGCGUUGAGUCGCGGGGCGCCUCACGCGAUUGAUGAGCCGACUCCGUCGGCCGACCUGGCAAAUCGGGCGUUCAAAGUCAAGGAAGAACAGCUCAGGAAGGAGGCCGAGAAGUUGAAGGAGAUCGAGAUCCGUGUGCAACGUGAGAUGAGCGAGAAGCGCCAAGAACUGAUCGCUAAAGAAGAGAGUCUGCGAAACAUGGAGGCUCGCCUGGCACAAGGUCUAAGCGAGAGUCCAAGACGAUCGAAUUGA